GCAAACCUUCCGCUUACCCGGCUUUCUCACAGAACUUCCGCCCCACCAGCGCCGUCUUACACGUGAUUUCCUCGAAGCCACGCCCAGGUGACGCGUCCGGAAGUCUCUGUGGCGCUGCGGGUUGUUGUUCGGCAACCGGGGAUUGGUUGGCUCGGCAUGUGACCCGCUUUACUCCUCGGCAUGUGAUUCUAGAACUCCCGGAACUCUCAGGGGGAAGAAUGAUAGGAAGCUCCUUCCGAGGUCUCCCCGUCGCUUCGGAUUAUGUGUGAGGCACAGUGAUUGGGCGCUGCCGGGCCUGCUCACCCAACCAGCCGACUGAUAAGGAUUCUAAGGACAGGAGAGCCACUUUUUGGAUUUCGCUCUUCUGUUCCACACCCCCCGCAACCAUGGCAGGAGAUAUAACAGAAACAGGGGAGCUCUACUCUCCAUUUGUCGGCCUGGUGUACAUGUUCAACCUUAUAGUUGGCACGGGUGCCCUCACCAUGCCAAAGGCCUUUGCCAACGCUGGCUGGUUGGUUAGCUUAAUCCUUAUCAUCUUCCUUGCAUUUAUGAGCUAUAUGACAACCACUUUUGUUGUGGAGGCCAUGGCCGCUGCCAAUGCUCAGCUGCGAUGGAAGAGAUGGGAAAAGGAGGAGGAUCCUGAUUCAUCAGAAAGCUCCGACAGUGAAGUGCCCUCUGCCAGCGGGUACAACAGAUCUGAGAUCCAACCUAUCCUCUCAGUGCAGCGUCGCGGCUUAUCGGACCCUUUUGAGAUUGUGGAGCGUGUGGAAAUGGGCCAGAUGGCAUCAUUGUUCUUUAAUAAAGCUGGAGUGAACCUGUUUUAUAUUUGCAUCAUUGUAUAUCUGUAUGGGGAUCUGGCUAUAUAUGCAACGGCUGUGCCUCUGUCUCUGGUGCAGGUUACAUGCUUUUCUGCAAAUGGGUCGUGCUCAGCGCAGGCUGGAGAACGGAAUGACACAGAUCCGUGCUGGGGUCCUAUACGACGCAUUGAUGCUUACAGGAUCUAUUUGGCGGUCUUCACUCUGCUCCUUGGCCCCUUUACUUUCUUCAACGUGCAAAAGACAAAAUACCUUCAGAUCUUAACCUCACUCAUGAGAUGGGUCGCCUUCAUUAUCAUGAUUGUGUUGGCUCUGGUUCGAAUUGGGAAAGGGGAAGGAGCCGGCCACCCCCCACUGGCGCAAGUGUCAGGGAUCCGGAACCUGUUCGGGGUGUGCGUGUACUCCUUUAUGUGCCAGCAUUCCUUGCCUUCUCUCGUCACCCCCGUAUCCAAAAAGAAGCACCUGACGGGGCUGGUACUGCUGGACUAUGCGCUGGUUCUAGCCUUCUACAGCCUGCUGUGCUUCACCGCCAUAUUUUGCUUCAGCUCCGGGGCCCUCAUGGAUAUGUACACCCUUAACUUCAGCGGCUGCAGCCCCUUUGUCCCCCAAGUGAUCGGCUACUUCCUUGGACUCUUCCCAGUCUUCACCAUCAGCACCAACUUCCCCAUCAUUGCCGUAACCCUGCGUAAUAACUGGAAAACGCUGUUCCACCGCGAUGGCGGGACAUACCCGUGGCUGGUUGACCGUAUAGUCUUCCCCCUCAUCACCCUGGUGCCCCCUGUAAUUGUGGCCUUUUGUACCAACCACUUGGAAGUCCUGGUUAGCAUCACAGGUUCCUAUGCGGGGAAUGGCAUCCAGUACGUGAUCCCGGCCUUCCUUGUCUUCUGCAGCCGGAAAGACAAUGCUCUGGUAUACGGACCCGGACUGACCAAUAAGCACAGCUCCCCAUUCCGACAGGUGGGCUGGGUGUGGUUUGUGCUGUGCUGGGCACUUACCUGUUUUAUCUAUGUCACAGCCAAUAUCAUCCUGACGGACGCCUCACUGUAAUCACGGACGAGACUUCUCCUAUCCCCCCCCAUGCACAAUGAAUGGGUUGGCCUGUGCUGGACACAGGCGUCGGACUAAUAAGGAUAAAGGGUACCUACUGAUGGGGUCUCUCCAGUCAUGGGGCCGGCCCUUCACUAAGGGGCAUAUUUAUUAACUCUGGAGACUAGCAUCACUGGUGAUGUUUCCCAUAGCAACCAAUCUGUAGUAAAGGUCCCCAUACACUGCCAGAUCUGCUCGCUUGGCGCCAAGCGAGCGGAUCUUCUCCUGAUAUCCCCACCUACGGGUGGGCGAUAUCGGGAGGAUCCAGGGUCAUUUGAUCGUUUGGCCCCAGAUCAAAUUAUAAUGACGGGCAUAGGCAAAGUCGGUCCGGGGACCGCAUCAACGAGCCGAUGUGGUCCCCGAUCCGACUAGAUUUUCUAACCUGGCCGAUGGAGAUCUGCCCGAUUUCAGGCCAGAUAUCAGUCGGGCAGGCCCGUCGGUAGUGCCCAUACAAGGGCCGAUUAGCUGCCGAAUCGAUCAAAGGGACCCAUAUUGGCAGCUACUAUCGGCCUGUGUAUGGGGGGGCCUUUAGACUCGAAGAGUCACCUAUAAGUUAUAAAUCAAAAGCAAAGAUCUGAUUGGUUGCUAUGUUUCCACUGUUAACAAAUACACCCCAUUGUGUCACUUUGCUGCUAUCGUGCCCUUAUUUAACAUUUUAACUCAUAUCUGGGGAGAUAACAAGCUCUGAGUAACAAAUACUGCCCCCUGUGAUGCCUCUCUAUCUCCUUUUCUCUGUGCCUUGCCCUUAUAUACUCACAGGACCACCAGGGUGUGCCCCCCAGUUCCCACCGUUGCCUGGGAACUUCAGGGGAAAUGGGGCCUGGUCGUGUCUUGCUUCCAUAAGGGACUCAUACUGCCUUUCCUUCGGCCCAGCUUAUGUCCAAGGGUCGGCUUCAUACAGGCCUGUGCAACUUCCAGCCUUCUAGGUGUUGUUGAACUACAAUAGCAUCAUAUUGACGGGCUGACAAUAAUGUAUAAUGCUGUGUAAAGUCAUGUCAUUUUGGGGAGGGGGGGGAAGUAAUUUGCUGUACUCGUGAAAACAUUCUGUGCUCGCCCAAGGAAGUGUAUGUCUUGGUAAUCAUGUGACUGCCCCUACUUCCUUAUUGGCAAAAUAAUGAUAGCGCUGUCUUGCUUUGUGGUAAGGAUUUUCAGUUUACAUUCAGGAUCAGAACCAAGUCACGUGGCAGUACCAACCAAGCUGGUGAAUGUAUAUGGCUAGGUUAAAGGACAACAAAAGCCAAAUUCACUGGAGGGGGGGUGCCAUUUAGUUUAUCGACCUUCCUCCUCAGUCUGGGGUACUUUCCAUUAGAACGCCACCCUGCCGCCUUGUUUGAUUUUCCCAGGGAUAUAGUGUUUUUUUUUUUAAACAUUACUGUACUGCACAAGGGAUUGUGGGAAAAAUCCAAGAUACCAGUGUGGUGCUCUAAUGGUACACUUGGAUGGAGAAAAGUGCUGGGUACCAGGGUAACGAUUAAAAACAACAAAAUUGGCGCCCCCAUUUGAAUUUGGGUUUUGUUGUCCUUUUAACUGGGAAAAGCUUCUUUGGGGGUUACUGCACUGCCCCCUUGUGGCUGAAUCUGUCUCUGCCGAGUGGGGAAGAGAACAAAGCAUGGCAGAGCAAACAAAACCAGUGAACAUUUCAUGGACAUACAAACUGAGCCUCUAAUGUAUUGCAGAGUAACACAUCACUGUAUAAAGGGACACGAAACAGUAUUUUUUAAUAAUGAUGGUAAUUAUGUGAUGAGCGUAGGCUCCUUUUCUGUUGUGUGGGAUAAGCUAUUCGCUCUCUGUUGGGCCCAGGCCUGUGCUGUUGUACUUUAAUGAUGUGUAAGUGCCCGGGCAGCACCUCGCUGCAUUGUAGUGAAAUGACAGCCUCCCUGAUCGCUCCUGCACUUUGCACUUGGAAUAAAACCUAAUGACAUUUU